UCUCAACUCUAUUGUGUAGUGUUUGUCAACAUAAAAUUAAUCCGGUGAUUUGGGGGAAAAUAAUAUGCUAAACUUCUAAAUCUUUUGUUAAGAUUAUUUAUUUUUUACCUAAACAUAGUCGACCUCAUAUAUACUUAUUACUAUGCAUUUUUCAUAACGAUCUGAUUAUUAUCUUACUGUAGAUAUCAUUUUAAUUUAAUAAUAACGUCCAGCAUGGAACCCCCGAAACAUGUGAAAACUAUGCGCUCAGUAAGUUCCCCUCCAGGCAUGCCUCCUCUCUCAACACACCCAACUGAUCAAAAUAAAACACCCUCUGCUAAACCUUCCCAUCCUAGUGACCAUAAUCUCAAUCUAUCUGCUAAAGACUGUAGACGUAGACAUACAAGUGUCCUUGUUCCUAGUAGUUCUUAUAUUUCAGAGUUCUCUUCAACUCCAGUUUCUGUUGGUGUUGGAGUGUCAAGACAACUUCAAACGGAUGAACAUAAUUAUCCAAUAAAAUUGAAUCAGGAUCCAUUGGUUCAAGAAAUGGACAAAUAUAAGCAACGAAAUUCUUUUUCUGAUACCUUAAAGCUGUUACAUUCUUUCCUGAGAAGAAAUGAAGGGUCUACUGAUAUGAAAAACGAAGAUCUGAGUCCUAUAUUCUACUCGAGUCAUGAUUUAACUGAGGAACAGCAAAUGACUCCUCGAUUUUCGGAGGUUUCCAGUACACCAAGUACAUCUCCUAAGGGUGAUGUCGCUACAGAACAAACCUCAGCUUCAAAAUUUGAUAAAAGAGAAUCUUAUAAGGCACAGCGUAAGAACUAUCGCCGAGAAAAAAAGCGAGUAGCUAAAGAAUUAUCUACUACACUCAAAGAUCCAUCCAUUAUUGUGCUUGCUGAUUGGUUAAAAGUUCGUGGAACUUUAAAAGGAUGGACUAAAUUAUGGUGUGUCUUAAAGCCUGGUUUGUUGCUUUUGUACAAAAGUCCAAAAACACACAAGAGCAGCCAAUGGGUUGGCACUGUGUUAUUAAAUGCCUGUGAAUUAAUAGAGAGGCCAUCAAAAAAAGAUGGUUUUUGUUUCAAACUCUAUCAUCCUCUGGAACAAUCAAUAUGGGCUUCUAAGGGUCCAAAAGGUGAAACUAUUGGUGCCCUAGUUCAGCCAUUACCAGUUGCACAUCUGAUAUUUCGUGCACCCUCAGAGCAAGCUGGUAAAUGCUGGAUGGAUGCCCUAGAGCUUGCAUUGAGGUGCUCAUCACUGUUGAUGAGGACUAUGAGUGGGAAAGAAGUGCCGCCCCCAUUUCUUCAAGGAAUGCUACCCAGUAGUAGUUCAUCUCAAGAGCCCUUACCUUCAUGGAAGGAAGUUGACCCUGAACAACACUUUCAGGAUCAUGAUCUGGAUGAUGAUGUUCAUACUGAUGAUAAUAGAGAAGGUGAUAUAGAUGGUAUCCAUAGUAUUCAUUCCACAGACUCAGAAUCUGAUACACGACCUGUAGAAGAUGUAGAAACACCUCCUGUAGAAACUCCAUAUGUUGCUAAUGAUUAUGAAGAAUUUGGAUUGGCUGGUGAUGCUGGGCAGACGGAAGAAGUAGCUGAAGAAAAUAAAUCCCUGAUAUGGACACUAGUGAAACAGGUUAGGCCAGGCAUGGAUUUAUCCAAAGUUGUCCUUCCAACAUUUAUUUUGGAACCUCGUUCAUUUUUGGAUAAGUUGUCAGAUUAUUAUUACCAUUGUGAUAUUCUCUCCAGUGCUGUUCUUGAAGAUGAUCCAUUUACAAGAAUGAAACUGGUAACAAAAUUCUACCUGUCUGGAUUUUACAAAAAACCAAAGGGUUUAAAAAAGCCAUAUAAUCCUAUUCUUGGUGAAAUGUUUCGUUGCUUUUGGAAGCACAGAGAUUCUGAUCAGAGGACAUUUUAUGUUGCAGAGCAGGUAUCUCAUCAUCCUCCUGUAUCUGCAUUCUAUGUUAGCAAUCGUCAAGAUGGUUUCUGCAUACGAGGCAGCAUAUUGGCAAAAUCAAAAUUUUAUGGAAACUCUAUAUCGGCCAUUAUGGAUGGCACAGCUCAUCUAACACUUCUAACAAGAGGUGAAAACUACACUAUCACCAUGCCUUAUGCUCACUGCAAAGGUAUUCUGAUGGGUACGUUAACUUUGGAAUUAGGUGGCAAAGUUGACAUCUGUUGUGAAAAAACUGGUUAUCAUACUGAAUUAGAGUUUAAAUUAAAGCCAUUCCUUGGUGGCUCUGAAUUAUCUAAUCUAGUCACUGGAAAAAUAAAAUUGGGCAAGGAAACAUUAGCAACACUUGAAGGUCACUGGGAUGGAGAAAUAUUUUUCAGAGACAGAAGAACAGGGGAGGAACAUUUAUUUUGGAAUCCAGAUCCAGAAAUAAGAUCGAAGAGGUUGAAAAGGUUUACAGUGCCCAUAGAAUACCAAGAUGAAUAUGAAUCUGAAAGGUUAUGGCAGCAUGUCUCAUGUGCAAUUUUACGAGGAGAUCAAGUAGCCGCAACUGAAGAGAAAACUCUACUUGAAGAGGCACAAAGGAAAUCUGCCAAAGAACGUCAAGUAAAACUUGAAAAAUGGACUCCAAAGCAUUUUGUUCAGGAUAUUGUUACUGGUGAAUGGGUGUAUAAAUAUGCUGACUCUAGGCCCUGGGAUCCCCGCACUGAUGUUCUCCAAUAUGAAUAUGAUUUUAAAAUACAGACUUUAACUAGGCAUAAGCCCCCCACCGUACGAACUGGUAGUAUUAUCAGUGUUGAGGACACUCCUAAAGUGGAACUCAUCCGCCACUUGUCAGUUGAUCGUGUCUUACCAAGGCCUUCCGUCUGCAUAUUACCAAAAAAUCGACACCGGAAAAGCGUCACCUCUCGUGGAAGUGAAAGUUCAUCUGCGAAUGGUGAGGCCUUUCAUGGCAGCGAUUCUACAGAAAGUGAUGGUCCCAGAAAAAAUUUUCAUACUGCAAAAUGCAGUAUUACUCUGUCCUCGUUGCAGCAGUCCCUUCAGACUUUACAGCAGUUACAACAAGAAAGCAACCAAACUUUACGCUCAAUGCAGCUCCAUAUGGAAUCAGUUAUGGCCCAGCAAAGAAGAAUUCAUUCACAGUUAGCGCAGCGUUGGGAUUAUAGCAUUAUUGCAGCUCUUGUACUUGUACAAAUAAUUCUGCACUGGUUUCUAUGACCAUAUACUGCCGUCAACUAUUUAAGGUAGUAAAGAGUGCCUAUUAUUCAGCUUUAUUCCAAACUGUGAAUUAAGUUUAUUGUUACUUCAACUUCAGAGUAAUCAAAGAAAUGUAGAUAACUUCAGACAGUUCAAGAACUGUAGAUUUUGAUCUUUUUCUAAAUAUCAUGAACAAAAGAACAGUUUUUACCUCUUAAAGUUGUUGAUUAAAAGUUUCUAGUUUUUAAAGCUUAAUGCUUGUUAUAUGAUUAGAUAGGAUAUAUACAUACAUAUAUAUAUAUAUAUAUUAUUACAUAUUUAUUAAAAAAAUUAAAAUAUGAACUAGGAAAAAUUUGUAUUUCAUGCAUUUUCAAAAUGUCCAAAUUAUUGUAAUUUAAUUGUUGACAUUAUAUUUGAAAAUCUAAGAAAUACAAAGUCUAGUUUUUAGGUUCAAGAAAUUUAUUAUCAUUUCCAAAAUUUUUAAUAUAAAAAUAUACUGGUUGUACAUAAUUUAUUGAGCUGUUUACAAAUGUAAAUUAAAGUCUUCAUUGCUAUGUAAUUUUCUAUUAAUGAAAAAUAUAAAUAGUUUUAGUCCAGUCUUUAGCAUACUUUUCAAUAAAAAGAAUGUCAGUGAUCCUUUACUUGCCAUUUAAUCAAAUAAUAUGUAGUGAUUUCAUCUUUUACGAUGCUUACUGUGUACAUUUUCACUUGCUUUUAAAUGCAUUUUUAAAUAGGAAAAAUAAAUACAUGCAUUUUCUAAGAACAAAGAAAAGACUCAUAUAUGUAGAAAACAUAAAAUUGAUUUGCUUAUCUAUAUUAAUGAGGAAAGUGAGCAUAGAAAAAACAUAAUAGAUUAUAAUAAUCUUGUUGUAUCUUGCUUCAUCCAGUUGAAAGUAAAUUUCUGUGUAAUUAUUUCCAGCUGGAAUAAAGCAUAUCCAUCCAACAUAUCUAAAUGUAUAUACUGUUAGUUAAGUAUUUAAUGGGAAGCAGUAGCCUUAAUUUCUAGCAACUAACACACUUGUAUUUUAUUUCCAAAUAAUUUAUAACUUCUCUUUUAUUAGCUUGGUAUCAGCAUACAGAAAAAUGGUUUUUGCCAAAGCAAAAAUUCCACUGAUAUUUUUAAAGUCUAUUAUCAUUAUUUUUAUCUAUUAUUUAAGAUUUAUGUUUUAUUUAGCAUUUUAAUCAGCCAAUAAAUUGUGUGCAUUCUAUGUAUAUUUACUGUAAUUUUUAUUCAUAUUAUUAAUGGAAUUAGGGUGUGUGUUUUAUUUAUAGUUUAUAAAAGUAAAGCGAAUGUCUUUUAUUACAUAUUCUAAAACAAAGCUGAGUAAAAACAGUUUGAAAGUACAAAGUAUGGGUCUUUUAUUGUGUUUCCUAUAAAUUAAUGCUGCUAUUAUAUAAAAUAAAUAUGUGUUAAAAUAUUUAUGAAUUACAUGUGGUUAUAAUAAAAGAGCUUACUGUAUGCAUACAGGUGUGUCCAAUUUUUUGGAGUGAAAGAGAAAGUUAAAGCAAAUUUUAAUCGCCACUGCUAUUUUAAUAUUAUCCAAAUAAGAUCCUGAUACUUGAAGGUAUCUUUCCAAAAAUAUAAUUAGAUACUUUUAAAAAUUAUGUAUGAAAAUAAUUUUUUGGAGAUCUGCCUCCUCAUUAAUAUUGGAAAAUUUCAUCCUUAUUUUAAAGAGUUAAAAACAUUAACUGCCAAUGUAUUUUAAUCAUAUUAACACCAUUAGAUAUAUACUUAGGUUCAGUUAAAUGUAUCAUCUUAAAUUUUGUAGGAAUUUUUUUAACUUUCGCUAAAAGAGAAUUUUAUAAAAUUUUGAGAUUUGAUAUAUUACUGUAUUCAUUAGUUCUAAGGUGCAUCUCUUAAUUUUAGUGCACCCAAGAAUAAGAGACCGAUUUUAAAUAAAUAAAGUAGAGGAAACUUAGGAUUUUUUAAUAGAGUACUUUAAUUUAUUAUCAAUUGUGUUUUGGAAAAUGGAAAUAUACUUGAUUUUGAAAGUGUAUCUCAUUAUUAAUGAAAUUAAUAUGGGGGGAGUUGCUGCUUAGAAUCAAAGAAAUACAAUAUUGUGGUCAUAAAAAAAAUUGUAAGUCAUAUUUCCUUAAUUCAGAAAAGCAAUUUAUUAGAAUCUGAUCUACAAAAUCUUUUAUAGUACCAUUUAAAAAAAAUAAUGUAAAUAGAAUAUGUUUAUCCGUAAUUAUGAUUCAGCAAUUAGCAUACCAAAUUGUAUUUCAUCUUAGAGUACUUUAUUAGAAGAAAAUUAUUUAUUGUUAUGUAAUAAAUAUGAUGACAUUUGAAUUUCUUCAGAUGAAAUUUUGGCUGUCUUUUUAGUUUGAAAUUUAAAAAAUUUGUGGCGACCUUCAUUUAAUUAUUUUUCAAAUACAAAACUAGAGAGAUGAAAUCCUCCCUUUUUUUAAUAUAAAUAUUUGAAAAUAAUAAACAAAAUCGAAAAGAAUUACUGUAGCUCUUAAAAUACUUGCUUGCUCAUAAAUGGAUGGAGUUGUUAGUAGCAGAUAUCUGCAUUUCUAUGUGAAAUCUGAACAUUCCAAGUGAAUAUAUAGAAAUAUUAUUCAUGCCAUGAAUAUGCACUGACAAAUCUUAGUUUUACACUGUUAGUUAAAGUGAGAAAUUGUUUAUUCUGUCAACUACAGUUCUGAGUGAAGUAGCCAUGAUAUUAUUAUUAUACAUAUUUUUUUUUUUUCUUUUUCCAGUUUAUGUACAGAUGUUUACAAUUAGUAUUUUAUAUAAAUAUAUUGUAUAGCUUGUGUAAAAUACCUGCCUACCAGCUUUUGAUGAAUAUGCCAAAGGAAGCUUUUUUUCCAAGAUACUGAUAGGCUGGUUGGCCCUUGUAACCAUGUUAUGUAUGGAAUCUCUGUGUUUUGUAUAUAAUAUUAGAAGUAUUUUGUUAGUUUGCUUGUUUUUGUUAAAUAAAAGUAUGAGUAUUUCUCAUAUUCUAUAAUGCUGUUCAGUACUUUGUCUUACAAAGAUUAUUAUAUAUAAAAAAAAUUUAGGUAUUUAUUUUUUAAUUGUGAUUGCAUUAUACGUAAAGGCAUCAUGAGAAAAAAAAUGUAACAAUUUAUUUUGAAAUCUUCAUUUUUUUAGUUGUAUGUAUUUCUGUGCAAUACAAAAUUUAAUUAUAUACAUAAAUAUCUCUUUGGAAAGAACAUGAAAUGGCAAAAAUUUAUUCACUGCGAGAUCAAAUUAUAUAUGCAUUAAGUUCAAAUUGCCAUUUGAUUUCACUUUGAAUUAUAAGUUUUUUUUAAUUUGAAAAGAAAUUUUCAAUUAAAUUUAUUAAAUAAAAAAUUGCUUGAAUCUUUCUACAUUUAAUUAAAAUGCUAAAAAUUUAUUUCUUUACUAAUUUUAUCUGUGGAAUGAAAUCUCUUGAAAUGAAUUUUAUCUGUAGGAUUUCAGACUAUCUUUAGUUCUCAUUAAAAUUAAUCUGCUGAGUAACUCUUUUAAAUUGUCUUUUAAAUGUGUUUUAUUUUUUCGGUUUGCAUAAAAUUAAGCUAAGGACAGAUUAGUUCAAGUUAUCGGAGAACAUGGUGCCAACAUGCAGUACAUAGGAGCUUUUCUUAUUUUGACAAAAACAUACUAUUAUGGUAAUCUAUGCAAUUAAAUUGCAGUACUACGAAUAUUUUGUCACUUUAUAAAAUAUCAAAAUGUUCAGAAGUAAAGUUUGCUUAUUGAGCUUAUUUUAUUUCUAUCAUUAUAGUUCUUCUGUAACUUAAGUGUAAUAAGAUAAGUAAUUAGUUAAUUUGGUGUAUGUCUACAUUUUGCCUAGUUAGUUAUGGUAAAAUAUGCCAGGGCUAUGUAAUGGAAAGAAAUGCUUGUGUGGAAGACUUUCUAUGGAAAAGUAGCUCAUGCUUAUAUUACAUGGGAAAAUAAUGAAAAUAAGUAUGCAGCCAGUUUAGUAUAUUACCUGGACUCAAGCCCAGGAGGAAACUGCAAGUGUUAUGCAACUUCAGCUACUUGGCCAUUGGUGGCCACUUGUUUAUACAUUUUAUAAUUUUUUUAUUCCUGUUUCUAGUAAUGACUUUUUCUCUUAACUGAAAUGUUAGAAUACUGUGCUAUUAUUUUUUACAACUUAUUAUAAAACAGGUUACAUGUUUUGUAUGAAUAUAUUAUUUUAAAUAUACUUGAAUUAUUAAUUUGCAGUAUCUUGCUGCUUUAUUUGUCAAGUAGCCUGAUUUUUCAUAUGUCUUGGAAAUAUCAUUAACCAUUUGACUUAUAUUCUUGCAUUUGCUUUAUUUUCCACAGUCUUUUCUAAUACUAGAGCUGCCAGUAUAUUCUUAUUUUUACUAAAGCUUAAAACAGUCAUUUUGACUGGUUGGUAGUUCUAGUGUUUAAUCAGUUGACAGUUUAAAAAUAAUAUCUUUAGAAAGAUGGCAAAAUUUUAAGCAAAUUAAAAAAUAAAUUUUCUACUGUUGCAAUGAUGGGAACAAUUAAUUUAAUUUAUAACUUUAUUUAGCAUAAAGCAUAAUAUGUAAAAUAUGUUUUAACAUAAACAUUUUUUCUCUUAAUGUUUUUAAAGGCUUGAAAAAUUUGCUUUCUAAUUUACGUAAAAUAUUUUUGCUUUGCGCUACUUGUAAAGUUACUUGUUAUUUCAUUUUAAUCACUUUUCACACUAUUUUAUACCAUUCUUUCAUUUAUACCUAUUUAUUACUGAAAAUGUUAUGUCUGUUUAUGAUGUGUGCACGUGUACUGCACUUUGGCUUUUGCACUACAGUUAAGGUGUGUAGAUAGCAUAACCAUCGAUAUAUUUGUCAUCUCACUGAUCUAAACAGGUGUGUUGGAAAUGGUAGCUUGUAAAUUUAUUGAUAAAAUUUUCCUUGCGUUUUUCUCUUUCUUAAUACCAGUAGUUCCCAAACUUUACUUUUACAGAUUUUUUAACUUAAAGAGAUUACAAUGCAAAAGUUCAAGCUUUUUUCAAACUUUUAGCUUUUCUAUUUUUAAUUG